GUCAGUGUGUGUUAGUUAGCGAGUGUGUCAGUGAGUGAGCUGCUGGCGUGAUGCGGCGCUGGUUGCGGGCAGGGCAGGGGCCGGGGGAAGGGGAGGGGGAGGCGGAGAUGUUGGGGACGGUGGCAGGGGGGCUGGAGAGCCUGUACCGCCGCUGGCUGCUGCCCCUGGAGGAGCAUCACAAUUUCCAGGCUUUCCACUCGCCAUCGCUUGACUCUGCCGACUUCACCAACAAGCCCAUGGUUCUCGUCGUUGGGCAGUACUCUACUGGCAAAACCAGCUUCAUCAGAUACCUCCUGGACCAGGACUUCCCGGGGAUGCGAAUUGGACCGGAGCCGACCACAGACUCCUUCAUUGCGGUGAUGUACGGGGACGAGGGCAUCAUCCCAGGGAAUGCUCUUGUGGCCGAUCCCAAGAAACCCUUCCGGAAGCUGAACAGUUUUGGAAAUGCUUUCCUAAACAGGUUUAUGUGUGCUCAGCUCCCAAACCAGGUUCUGAAGAGCAUCACCAUCAUCGACACUCCCGGCAUCCUGUCCGGGGAGAAACAGCGCAUCAGCAGAGGCUACGACUUUGCUGAGGUCCUGGGGUGGUUUGCUGAACGGGUUGACCGUAUCAUUUUGCUGUUUGAUGCUCACAAGCUGGACAUAUCGGAUGAGUUCUCCGAGGCGAUCCGGGCUCUGCGAGGCAACGAUGACAAGGUUCGCGUUGUGCUGAAUAAGGCUGAUCAGGUGGACACGCAGCAGCUGAUGAGGGUGUAUGGCGCCAUGAUGUGGUCGCUCGGCAAAGUGGUGGACACGCCCGAGGUGGCUCGUGUCUACAUCGGCUCCUUCUGGUCCUGCCCACUGCACAUCACGCACAACCGCAAGCUCUUCGAGAUGGAGGCCCAGGACCUCUUCGCGGACAUCCAGAGUCUCCCCCGCAACGCUGCCCUGCGCAAACUCAACGAUCUCAUCAAGCGAGCCAGGCUAGCAAAGGUUCACGCCUACAUCAUUGACUACUUGAAGAAGGAGAUGCCAGCGGUCUUCGGGAAAGAAGCUAAGAAAAAGGAAAUGAUCAAAAAUCUUUCCGAGGUUUACAUUGCCCUGCAGCGGGAGCACAAUAUCUCCGUGGGAGAUUUCCCCAAUGUCAGCAAAAUGCAGGGUGCGUUGCAGACCUACGACUUUAGCCGGUUGCGGGCUGUGAGACCCAAGCUGCUGGAGGGGGUUGACCAAAUGUUGGCCAGGGAUAUGGCCCCACUGCUGAGCCAGCUCCGGGAGGAAGCAGGCCAGGGACCGGAGCCGGUAGUCAGCGGUGGGGCCUUCAACGGCCACCAGGACGGACCCUUCACCGAGGGCUACGGCGAGGGCACAGGCGCCGGAGCCGACGAGAGCGAGUGGGUGGUGGCCAGGGACAAGCCCAAGUACGAUGAGAUUUUCUACACUCUCUCGCCCGUCAACGGCAAAAUCAGCGGCAACAACGCUAAGAGGGAGUUGGUGAAAUCCAAGUUACCAAACACGGUGCUGGGCAAGGUGUGGGUACUGUGCGACUGUGACCAGGACGGCUGGCUGGACGAGGAGGAGUUUGCGCUGGCUUGUCACCUGAUAAAGAUCAAACUGGAGGGCUAUGAUUUGCCCAGCGAGCUGCCACCACACCUGGUGCCCCCAUCCCACAGGAAACCCCCCCACCCCAGAUACUAG